UGUGACACUACCUGCGCGACACCGGUAGAAGGCGCUGCGCGACACCGGCAGAAAGCUCAGAGCUUCGGACAGACCGUAAGUACAGAUUCAUUCAAUUUUUCUUUCUUUCCUUUAUUUUAAUGGAAAAACUGAGACAACCGCUCACAAAUCUAUUAUUUCAGACUCGCAGGAGGUUCUCUGAGCUAACCGAGCUGUUUGUUUACUCUGACUUUAUUUGUUGCUUUACGAUGUUUAGCUAAUGUAGCGGCUGGGAUUUAACGUCCGCACACAGUCACUUAUUAAUAUUACUGCGAUUUAUCAAACACACUGUCAGUGAGUGUGGUAUAGUUCAUACGUUUAAACUGUAUAUAUUCACUUGUUGUUACACGGCCAAACUCCAUCACGUCUGUAGCUGCUUAGAACUUGUUUAUACUUGACUAAAAAAUGACUGAAAUGAUAAAUGCAUGAUGUGAGCAUGAUUCUCACUCACUGUGUUUUCUCCUAUCAAUUUCACCAGCUUUUAACCGAAUAAGUGAGUUUUCUUUCAAAAACAGUUUCACCAGCUUUUAAAUGAAUAAGUGAGUUUUCUUUCAAAAACAGUUUCACCAGCUUUUAAAUGAAUAAGUGAGUUUUCUUUCAAAAACAGUUUCACCAGCUUUUAAAUGAAUAAGUGAGUUUUCUUUCAAAAACAGUUUCACCAGCUUUUAAAUGAAUAAGUGAGUUUUCUUUCAAAAACAGUUUCACCAGCUUUAAAUGAAUAAGUGAGUUUUCUUUCAAAAACAGUUUCACCAGCUUUUAAAUGAAAAAGUGAGUUUUCUUUCAAAAACAGUUUCACCAGCUUUUAAAUGAAAAAGUGAGUUUGAAUUUUCACUGUAAUCACUCCAUUUAAUCUCGCACACAAUCAGCAGCUUUCUGACUUAUCUCGAAGCGCUCUUGCAGUCACACUUUUGUCUUCUCUUUAGAUGGAGCAUCCUAACUUUAGGAGGACCCCCAAUGGGACCCUCGUGCUCAAGGCCUCCAAAGAGGCCCAGGCCAUUGGGCCUCGGAAAGGAGGCUACAGGGCAAAGGGCCCGGAGGAGGUGGGUGCAGAGGCCUGUGCCCACGUUGCCUCAGAGGGUGGCGAUGCCAGCAACGCCACCCUCACGCUGAGCCGGUGGAAGGUUCAGUUUGGCCGUUACCAGGGUCAGACCUUCCACUGGCUGAUGGAGAACGACGUGGGCUACGCUGUCAACCUGGUUGCCUCCCACCAGAAGGAGCGAGAGAGGACAGGUUCUCAGUCCCCACUCAUGGCCAACAAGGACGCCUUCACCCGCUACGCCUCAGCGUACCCUGACUUUGUGGAGGCGGUCAGGUUCCACCGUGCGUUUCAGGAGGCGCGUGCGAAGUCCCUCCAGCCUGGUCAGGAGGGACAGGCUCUUGUUGGCUUUGGGGACUUCAAAUUUGAGACCCUGCAGGGCCUGUAUGAGUCUCAGGAGCUCAAGAAGAAACGGUUUGUCAACUACCUGCGAAGGACGGCACCAGCUCCUGGGUCACAGAUGGAGAACGCCGUCCAUUAUGUGAAGAAGAGAGACCGACAGAGAGCGAGUGCUGCUACAGCCGCCACCAGCAGCAGCAGCAGCAGCAGCAGCAGCAGCAGCACAGCCUCUGUCUCAGCUGCAAAGAUGGGGCCCAAAAGCACUUCACAGUUUGCAGCCUUUGUUUCCGGGCGACGUUCUCUGUCUGUGGUGGAAAUGCAGGCAAAAGUUAAGAAACUGGCGGCCCCUAAACCUGCGUUUCCAGCUUCCUUCACACCAGCUCUUCCCACCAGGACAUCUGAAGAACCUACAGAUGAAGAGCUGGUUCAGGCAGCAGUUCACACUGAGGAGUAAGAGGGGAAAGCAGAUGAAGGUUUGUGUUUCAUUAAAUACUCGGUGGGUUUCCUCUCUGCUCACUAACUGAGCUGCUGCCAUUCAGCUUUGACAUCACAGCUAAUCAGAGCACCCUCAGAUAAUUAAUCUCAUUAUUUAAACACGUGGCUUCUCCUCCACCUUCCUGCAUUCCUCCAUCAACAAGUGCAGUCCUCCACCUUCAUCUGAACACCUUGCACUCCGUCCUCCCCUGGCCCCUGUGUCUCUCUGCUCUCCUGCUUCUACUCUGUCUUUACUUUAAAAAUCAAACUCUUCGUGAACUAAAUCAUCUGUUUCUCUUUCAUUCAGCAGCCUCUGACGUACAGGCACCUCGCUCACAGCACCUGCAUCCACCUCCUACCACUUCAUCACAGGAGGAGCCAACAGAUGAGGAGCUGCUGGAGGCCUCACAGGAGCUGGAUCCAAGUGUGGACAC